UGACUGUUGAACUACAUCUACCAGAUACGGGAUAAUCACAUUAGGGCUCCCAAAUAUACGAGGUCGGUGUGCCCCGGUCCAUGCUCCCCACUGUUGUCAUGUCGAUGCUAGCUAAAGAGCUAUGGCUGGGACGGGCAUAGUCAUCUUGAAAUUCAGAGGCGAGAUCUAGAUCGGGCGGCUACCGCAAGCAUCGUGAUAUAUAACGAAUCAGUUGCCCUUCGAGGCCCCUCUGCCACUUACCCUCAUUUCUCCUUGCUACUGAGAACCACCAAAUGGCGGAAAUUCUUCCAGAGGCUGCCAGGUAUACACCUCGCGAGGUCGUGAUACCCCCCGUUCCUGCGACAGAGGUUCUGACCGAUCUUCAAUGGGAGACUAUUCUGGCCUUGGCCGACGCCGUCGUCCCAUCUAUUCGUGCUGCCGCAGACAAUGCUCCAUCAACCACGCACUACACCGUGACCGAUGCUGACUUCGAAUCUGCUACAGCCACCCUCACAGACACGCUCUCGGUAUCUGAAGCAUCGGCAGGUGUGGCCCGGGCCUAUCUGGAGGAGAGUGCCUCGGCUCUUCCCCAAUUUCGAGAGGGCCUUCAGCGCCUGCUGGCCGACUACGUUCACAAAGAAGGUCAGAACGGCAUCCGCUUCAUCCUCGAUGUACUGAAUACGCGGGCCGGAUCCCUUCUUUUGACCGGCUCCACGACGCCAAUCCAAAACCAACCCGUGGCAGUGCGCGAACAGAUCUUUGUCGGAUGGGCCUCCUCGCGCUUACCUCCCAUCCGCCUGAUCUAUAGAUCACUAUCGGCCAUGUUCAAGACCACGUGGAUGAACGCCAGCCCAACCCUGAACACCGCAAUAGGAUUUCCUCGAAUCCCCGUGCAGGUCAAGUAUGCGCCGGGCUGCUGGGAAUACGAGUUCCUGCAGUUCCCUCCACCUUCACCGAGCGAAAACGAGCAGGAGCAAGAAGUCCCAGAAGUCAUUGACACUGACGUCGUCAUCAUCGGCAGCGGCUGCGGAGGCGCCGUCGCAGCCAAGAACCUGGCCGAAGCCGGCCACCGCGUGCUGGUGGUCGAGAAGUCCUACCACUAUGCAUCGCAUUACUUCCCAAUGGACAACCGCACCGCUCCCGUUACCCUGUUCGAGGGUGGGGCUUCGAUUCUCACCGACGACGCCUCGGUGGCCAUCUUUGCUGGCUCGACCUGGGGCGGGGGCGGCACCGUCAACUGGUCGGCGGCGCUGCAUACGCAGGCCUUUGUGCGUCAGGAAUGGGCUCAGGACCACGCAUUGCCCUUCUUCACUUCGGCCGCUUUCCAGACCUCUCUGGAUCGCGUCUGCCAUCGCAUGGGCGUCAGCGCUGCCAAUAUCCGGCAUAAUCGCCAGAAUCGUGAUCUCCUAGAGGGGGCGCGCAAACUCGGAUAUGCUGCCGACGUGGUACCGCAGAAUACUGGCGGCGAAGACGAGCAUUACUGUGGAUAUUGUACCCUGGGAUGCUCCUCCGCAGGGAAGAAGGGACCCACCGAGACCUGGCUGGCCGACGCAGCCAGGGCCGGAGCCGUCUUUGUCGAAGGGUUCAAGGCGGAUAAAAUCACUUUUACGGGGACUGGAAAGGAGAGGAUUGCCACGGGCGUCGAGGGUACGUGGACCUCACGCGAAGCAUACCUGUCCCGGAGUCCGAUUACACGUAAGGUGGUGGUCAAGGCGAAAAAGGUGAUUGUCUCGUGUGGCACGCUGAACAGCCCGCUUCUGCUGCUGCGCAGUGGAGUGCAGAAUUGGCACAUCGGUCGCAAUCUACAUAUCCACCCCGUUCUCUUCGGUGCCGCUGUCUUCGAUGAGGCGAUUCGCCCCUGGGAGGGCUCGGCCUUGACCGCAGUAGUGAAAGAAUUUGAGAAUCUGGAUGGCCGCGGCCAUGGAGCCAAGAUCGAAACCACCGUCACCCUGCCACCGCUCUUUCUACCCAUCUUCCCCUGGCGUGGCGGGCUCGACUACAAGAGGUUCUGCGCCAAGUUGGGCUCCAUGACCAGUUACAUCGCCGUGACCCGCGAUCGCGAGUCCGGGCGCGUCUAUCCCGACCCCGUCGACGGACGGAUCCGCGUGGAGUACACCCCGUCCGCCUUCGACCGCAGGAGUGCCGCAGAAGCCUUGAUCGCCAGUGCAAAGAUGGCUUAUCUCGCGGGCGCGAAGGAGUUCCAUGUCUCGUACGCGGAUAUGCCACCUUUCUCUCGGUCCGAACAAGCGACGGAGGCAGACGAGGAGGAGGAGGGGAUUAACAAUCCGGCUCUGCAGGCUUGGAUCAAGGAAUUCCGACAGAAAUUCCCCUUGGACGUCGAGAAGGCAGGCUAUGCCAGCGCUCACCAGAUGGGCACCUGUCGGAUGGCCAGCUCAGCAGGUCAGGGUGUGGUAGAUCCGGAAUGCCAGGUCUGGGGCACCCAGGGGCUGUACGUGAUGGAUGCCUCCAUCUUCCCCAGUGCGAGUGGCGUGAAUCCGAUGAUCACCAACAUGGCCAUCGCGGACUGGGCUACUCGUCAGUUGUCGAAGAAAAUGCGAAGGGAAGAGAGGUAAUUUCAGGGAAUGGCUUCCAGUACGAAGUAAUGAAUAUCUUGAUCAAAGCCCCAGCUCCAUAGUAGCUUUGAUGGGGGCGCGUAAUACAUCACUUGGAUCCUGCCGGUCACGAAGGAAUUUAAUACCGCGUCGC